CUAUGAGUUUAUGGAUAGAAAGUACGAUUGUAGCAAAAAUUCCAAUUAGUGAAAUGUUAGUUAAAGAAAAGGCCAAAUUUUUUAUGCAAGCUCUUAAUAUAAAUGAAUCUGAUCUAAAAUUAUCAAAUGGUUGGAUCGAAAAAUUCAAACGUUGUAAUAAUCUUCAUGUAUAUCAUUUACAUAGAGAGGCUGGAAGUGCAUCUUUAGAAACAUUGCAUGAAGAAAGACAAAAAUUACAGAACCUUCUUAGAACAUAUCGUCUUAAGCCAUGGGUAAUUGGCAAAUCUCCACGACCAAGAUAUUUUAAAUGUAUUAAUUUAAAUUCUCUUCCUGUUGAAUAUCGUGCAAAUGAAAAAGCAUGGAUGCAUAGUAAUAUAUUUGAAGAAUAG